AAGAUGUUCUUUGUAACAGGGAGAAAAGUGGCUGGGGCUGCUAAUGAGAAAAGGAGCAUCUAUCAGAGGUUCCGAGGCUAUGAGCUGAUGGAAAAGAGGCGUACGGAGACAGCACUGAAGGCUGGAGAAGAUAGAGCCAUUCUGCUGGGCCUCAGUAUGGUCUUCUGCUCCAUCAUGAUGUACUUCAUGCUCUGCAUCACGAUGCUGCGCUCCUACACUGACAGCGUGUGGACAGAGGAGAGCAUCUGCACUAUACUGAACUCCUCCCUGACCAUGGAGGUCAACUGCUCAUACAGCUGUGGUCCAGAGUGCUGGAGGAACUCCAGAUACCCCUGCCUGCAGGUCUACGUCAGCAUCAACGCCACAGGCCGCAUAGGGCUUCUGUCCUACAACGAGGAGUCACAGGACAUCAGCUCUGAGUGCUUCUAUGUCCCAAAAUGUCAGAAGGACCAUGCGGCCGUGCAGGCCGUGGUGGUGAACAUCUCGGAGAAGCUGAAAGCGCAGCAGCAGGUCAGAUGUUAUUACGACCCGGCGGAGCAGCAGGGCAGUGUCCUCCUGAGCCGACUGUACGACUCCAGCGCCAUCUUCCACUCCCUGUUCUGGCCUUCCUGCAUGCUGGCUGGAGGAAGCCUCAUUAUCUUCAUGGUCAAGCUCACGCAGUACCUCUCCAUACUGUGUGAACACAUCAGCAAAAUGCCCAAGUGACUUGC